CUUUUUAGAUCGUUCUUUAAAGUCAUAGACGACAUAGAUCAAUUAUAGGCUUCGUCAUAUCUCUUCAGCUGAUGGUACUAAAUACAUAUAUACAACACACUGUUUCUGAUGGAAAUGUUUCUUCUCUCGUUACUUAUUAUUGUAUUAAUUCUUGUCACAGACUUUAUUAAAGGCCAGAAAACACAUUUAGGCAAACUGUUUAUUGUGUCCGUGCCGAAGAUGAUGUCAGAGCCUCAGCCGCUGUUUGGUACGCCCUGUGUUUUGUUUCUGUUGAGCACACCACUUUCUGAUGUUCAGGUUGCAAUAGAAAGUCAUUGGUACCAGGAGAAAUCUCAACUUCUCCGAGACUCUAUCAGGCUGUCCCCUUUCGUAGUCUAUGACUAUACACUCAACAGAACUUUUAAUCAUCAAGAAGAUUUUGGAUUCGUUCAUUCAUUUAAACUGGAGGCUAAUAAGGCCUUUUCAUUGGUUGUAACCAUGAUAGACAGCGUCAGUUCCAUAGCAACGAUGAUGGCUGUUCCGGUGGAUAGUUGGGGGAAAGUCUAUUUUGCUGUCACACUUGGGCAUCGAAUCUCUAUAACAGUCGUCACCCAUAGAGGUCCAAAUUUGAUUUUCGUUCGGUCCUCCAACAAAAACUUUCAUCUGGUCAUUAACAGCCAAGAACCUGGCAUGCAUCAGAUGUACACCAUCUCUACAGCAAAGAGCCAGGCUUUUGUUUUCGCUACUUGCAAUAGUUCUAGGGAUAUUGGAACUCUAACAGGAACUAAGUUCUCUGGUGAGCUGGAGUUCGGGUUGAUUUCAGGAAACUGUAAUGCCAGCACAUUGUCUCACGUUUGUAAUAAUACCAGCAUAUUGAAAUAUGGAUUUGGAGACAUUGCUGCAGAAAUGCUUCUUCCGUACGAGACGUAUGGCCGCGAAUUCUUGACCUUCGAUGUGGUCAAACCUUCGUCCGGCUCAUUUUACUUCCUGGUGGCCGGCGAGGAUGAUACAACAGUGGUCAUAACUGGAGGCUCAACAACCAAGUCGGACAGCUUUCAUCUGCCGACCAGUGGGAGCUGGGUUGAGAGGAUCAUUGGGAUCAGCAGAGUGACCAGUUCGAAAGGGAUCAUGGUGGUCCACGUCAGAAGGUCUCCCUGCCUGGCUUCCUCCCAAAGGAGCAAUGAGAAACUUUAUUACCCUGGUGAAGUCGGAGCCCCAAGCCUCUCUUUGAUCGUCCCCACCGCUCUCUUUUAUUUCACUUAUAUUUUCAGAAUGCCGAGAUUCUUUUCCAAUUUCUACUACAUCAUUGUGAUUGUAAAGAAACACUUCGCCAAUUAUUUAACUCUGAAAGGAGAUCCACUGAAAAUAAGCAGGUGGACACAUUUCCCUGAGGGUCAGUCCUGGAUGUUUGGUCAGGUCGAGGUCAAACCGAACAUAGACUACACACUGACCUCUGAACGGUCAUUUAUAGGAUGCUACGUGUAUGGCCAUGGUCAGUACUACGCCUACAUGUACCCCGCAGGAUACAUAACCAGUCAGAUCAACACUAAAUGUUUCAAAGAUCUGGAUAGAAUGAAGGAGGGCGACCUUGUUGAUAAUGAUUGUGACGGUGCUAUUGAUGAAGAGUAUUUGAAUGAAAAAGAUGAUGAUGGCGAUAGGUUAAUAGACGAGGACCUUAACACAUUUUUAGACAGUGAGUCAACGAAAUUCUCCAAUAUUACUUCAGUAACAGCUGUCACUGAAAGAGGGUCUGGAGUUUACACCGAGUUCCGAAAUCCUAUCUAUGACCUGGACAACCUUGAGGACAACCCGAUCAACCCAGAGGUAAUAGUACCAGCCUUGGCACCUAGAAAAGCCCUGGAUGUAUCACUUACUAGCGAGGCGUUAACAGGCUUUGAACCGUGGUCUGAUUGGGUCUGUACCAGAGACUGCUCCAAGACUAACAUGAUACGAAUAAGACAGUGUCAACAUAACAAGCUUUGCGAUGGACCGUUAUCCGAAACAAGACCAGGGACCUGUUACUUUAAUACGAAAUGUCCUAACGAUUGUCCGUCUUUUCGAUGGGGGACGAACUGCAUAAUGUCUUGUGAGAAUUGCGUCAACGACUGCGACAAGUUCAGUGGUCUGUGUGAAACGUGCAAGGCCGGCUUUACAGACCCCGCAACCGGGUGCCGAAAAAGUUGCCCUGAUUACACCUAUGGGAUAGACUGCAAACUAAGCUGUAUUGACGUUUGUAGUGAUGACUGCUUGAGCAGAGUAACAGGACAAUGUUACGAUGUGUUUGAACCAUGGCACGAGUGGCACUGCUCCAGGAGUUGUCUUGACACUAAGGCUUACAGAGAGCGAGUGUGUGAUAGAUCCAAGCCUGGCAGUGUGUGUAAAGGAAACAAGUCAGAGGCCAAGGAAAGCAACUGCUAUGUGGAGAUAACGUGCCCAAACAAUUGUGAUCCGUUUAAAUGGGGAGACGACUGCGUCUACAGCUGUGAGCACUGCGAACACGACUGUGAGAAGUUCACCGGAGUCUGCCAGCAAUGUAAGCCCGGGUACAAGAACCCCAAAAAGGGAUGUUUAGAAGAGUGCGGUCGUUUCUUUUAUGGCUACAACUGCGAAGGGGACUGUACUCUGAAAUGUGGUGCCGACUGUGCAGAAAAAGUUUACGGUCGCUGCUCAAAUGGCUAUGAGCAGUACGCCCUCUUGUUAGUCUUGCUGUUGCUCUUUGUGCCCUGUUUAUUUAUAUUGUUUAGAAAGAAACGGGACCACAACGUCACGAAGGCACGCAGGUCGUCAUACAUGGGGAAAAUCGGAUUGAUGUCCAGGAGAGUGUCUCACACCCCAGAGCGCGCGAGCAAAGCACCAACGAGAUCUGUGAUGAAGAAGCGAAGCAGGAGAACCAUGAAAGACGUCAGAUCGUGGAGCUCCUACGACGAUGAUGACGAUGACGAAGACGACGACGAUGAUUAGGUAGAACUUGGACAGAGGAUAGUACACUGCCUGAAGGAAGGUUAUUUCGCAGGUAGAAUGAAAAUCGACGCAAUAUGAGUCAGCAGUGGUUGGUAACAUAUAGAGUAAAAGAAAAGAAUUGACUAAAUACAUGUAUAGAGAAUGGAAUUAGAACUAUGAACAUUAAGAUAGAUAGAUAGAUAGAUAGAUAGAUAGAUAGAUAGAUAGAUAGAGAUAGAUAGAUAGAUAGAUAGAUAGAUAGAUAGAUAGAUAGAUAGAUAGAUAGAUAGAGAUAGAUAGAUAGAUAGAUAGAUAGAUAGAUAGAUAGAUAGAUAGAUAGAUAGAUAGAGAUAGAUAGAUAGAUAGAUAGAUAGAUAGAUAGAUAGAUAGAGAUAGAUAGAUAGAUGUAAUUUCAUUUAAACAAAGAAAAUAAUCAAUGAACCAAACCAUCUGACACUAGAAGAACGAUCUAAUGAAGAAGAUAGCUGGGCAUUUAUUUGCACCUUUCUAAGAUAAUUUAAAAAGAGGCUUUCAUUGGAAUGUAUAAUCCAGAGGAACACUACGUCAUGAAAUGUAAAUAGAGUCUUGGAAAGCUUGUAGCGAGUUGUAAAUAACGUCAAUGUAAGCAGAGCUGGCUUUAAUUUUCGAUAUAGCAAAAGUUCAAUCUAUAGAUUAAAUUCGAAUGAUGUCAAUGCUACCCGUUAUUUUCCCAUCAAGAUUUGUACGUGCACUAUUAAUCUGAAACUUACAUUUGGUAGCUGUAUUCUGCAUAACUAAUAUUUUGCUCGAACAAUCUACGUGUACACCAGAAAUUUAGAAUCUUCUUGAGCUGCGUUAUGCAGGUCAGUUAAAGACACAAUAUUUUUUCUUUGCAGCCAGUACAUUUCAAUUGAAAAAAAAAAACAAAAAAAAAACUGACGGAUGUGUCUUAUGAAGUGGCAAUUAAGUUCAAUGUUCUGUUACCUAAUUCUAAUUGAUGUCUUUGUUGAAAUAAAAGGUGGAUGUAAUUGGUUGAAUUUUACAUUGCGCUUAUUGAAAGAAAUAAUUGCUCGAAUUUCUUAUUUUAGUUUGUGGUUUUAAUAAAUAAACAAU